CCGAACAUGAACACUAAAUAAUUGGUUCCCUUAUGGCGUGCCGUAGAUGUUAUAUUUAUAUUGUUGUUUUUCUACUGUAUGACUGACUGUCAGACGCCGCGCAUCCCGCGCUCUGAUCCGAAAAAUGGCGCAUGAAAAUCAUGGUCUUCCUCCAGAGGAACACAUCGAUCACUGGAAUGAAGCAACUAACAUUUACAUGGUUGUCAUCGUCGUUUCGCUUUGGUUCUUUUUCUACGUCCGAAAGAACAAAGGAAAGAUUGUUAGAAUGUUGACUAUGAAGAAGACAAGAGAUCAGACAGAUCUUAUUAACAGCAGGUAUAAAGAAGAGCUACAGCAAGUCAGAUUAAGACAACAACUAGAAUCAUACUACAUCUCUCGAAAAUGGGACCAAGGCAAACCUGUAAGUCAAGAACAUCACAUCAACUUGAAUGGUCUGUGAAUGACAAAUGAGAGACUCAUGAAGGACUUCGCAGAUAUGCUGGCAUCACACUAGACAUCCAAUGAAAACUUUGUAUGGACCAUAUGGUGAAUACUUGAGAGGGGGAUGGAUUGAUGUUCAAAGCUAUUCUUGAUUGAACACCAUGCUCCAUCUCAGAUGGAAGCUGCCUGAAGCAACAAUUUGCUGUGUCAACAGAUAUCAUGAGGCACCUUAGUGAAAGUCCAAGCAUCUUUAAGUGGCCCCUCUCAUUGGUGUCUUCCAGCAGGAAGUCUACUCAG